AUGCCUCACCACCACCGAAGCCACAGGCACCUGCCUCGGAACCCCGACUUCUGGAGUGAUCUUGGGGACAAGUUUGGCAAUUUGAACCCCUUCGCCGCUGAAGACGACAAGACCGAGGGAAACGGAGGCCGAUCCACCGUGGUCCGAACCAUUUACCAGACCAUCACCGAUGGCGCUCCCCGUGCUGCUGCCACAUCCUCCUCGACGAGGCUCCUUGUCGCCGAGUCCCCUCUGCCUACUCGAGUGAGAUCGACCACCGAUGCCCAGGGAACCACUAUCGCAAAAGCCGGCGCCCCCGUUAUCAAGACCCCCUCGCCCUCCUCUAGCAUCGAAGCCACUUCCACAUCGCUUCCCUCUGUCAUUGAGGAGCCCCUCACUGAGAGCAUCCAGACAACACUUGCACUUGCCACUGACGACCCGACUAUCGCCCGCUCAACCAGAACCGCUGCCACUGCAAAUGCGAAUGAGGUCACCGCCUCAUCGAGCCCUUCCGCAACUGCCUCGGCUGCCGCCGAGAAAUCAACUGGCGAGACCAGCGGCGCCGCGAAGGCUGGUAUUGCCAUUGGCGUUUUGGCUGGAGUUUUGGUUGUCUUCCUACUCAUCUUCUUCCUCUUCAACCGUCGCAAGAAGCAGCUCGAGCAGCAGCGUCUGGCUGAUGAGGAUGAGAAGUUUCACGGCGACUUUGGUAACGCCGCCGCUGUGACCACUGGUAACCCCCGCGCUCCUCGCAUCAGCCUCCGCCCUGUUACUCAGUUCCUCCCCAACCUGAACCUUGACAAGCGCCAGAGCAAGAUCAACACCACCGCAAACGUGGCUCCCGCCGCUGCUCUCGGCGCUCGUACUCCCGGCCAGAGCGCCUGGGAGAGACCACUCACCAGCCAGAGUGCAAACCCUGCUAACCCCUUCGGCGCCCAAGCUGAAAGAAUCAACGGCACAAUUGCCGAGGAGUCUGGAAGCACUCUAAGCCUCAACGAGAAGCCCCUGCCUGCUGUCACCCCCGAACCCGCUCCCGCUCCUGCCGCUGCCUCCCCUGCUGCUGCCGCAAAUGGAGCCGCGCCCUCUGGUGCUAUCGAUGGUACUGCUGUUGCUGCCGGUGCGAUUGCUGCUAGUGCCGUGGCUGCUGGAGCUGGAGCUGUUGCUGCCGGAGGUUUGGUUCGCAAAGCAUCGACCCGUAAGGACGGUCCCAAGGCGCUCGAUCUCACCCUGCCUAUGCCCGCACCCCUGUCAACCGUCCCCGCCAGCCCUUCUGGUACCGAGUUCAGCGCCAACUCUGUUGGCCCUGGCCACCAGUCUACCGGCUCCACUGGCUCUGCUGCUAUUGCCGCUGCCGGUGGACCUGCUAACACGACUGUUCAUCGCGUGCAGCUUGACUUCAAGCCUACCCUUGAAGAUGAGAUGGAACUUAGAGCUGGCCAGCUUGUGCGCCUCCUUCACGAAUAUGAUGAUGGUUGGGCCCUCUGCAUCCGCUUGGAUAGAUCCCAGCAGGGUGUUGUCCCGCGCACCUGCCUCUCUACCCGACCUGUCAAGCCUAGGCCUCAGGGACCUCCUCGUGGUCCUGGUCCUAACGGCGCCCACGGCCCUCCUCGUGGCCCUGGCCCCAAUGGCCAUCCUCGCGGCCCCGGUCCCAACUUCCCUCCUGGUCAGCGCCCCAUGACUCCUCAGGGUGGUCCCCACGGUGGCCCGCCUUACCCUCGUCCUGAGUCGCCUGCUCGCCCUAUGACUGCCGGCGGACGGCCUGCCUCUCCGGCUGGCAACGGCCCAAUGGGACACCGUGGCCGACCGCAAUCCCCUGGCCCUCGAUUCCAGGGACCUCCGGGACAAAGACCCCAGAGCCCUGGCGGACCGGGACGCAAAGCGAGCCCUCCGGGACCUAGCAGGAUCCCUCAGCCUAGCCGAAUGACCCCUACCGGACCCCCAGCACAAGGACGUCCAGGUCCGCCAAUGGGACCUGUCGGCCGCAAGCCAGUCCCUGGCCAGGCCCCUCCUCCUAGCGACGUUUCCAACGAGGCUCCCCCAGGCCAGGCCGUCUAA